AUGGCCGACGCUCGCGAUGGCCCGUCCGUUGCGGCCAGGCUCAAACUGUGCGCGCAAGCCACAGGAGAGGCGGUGGCGCCGCAAGACGAGGCGAUGAUUCGCAUCCUCUCGCGGCUCGCCGUGGAGAACAACUGGUGGAGCUUCAGCGUCAACCCGACGCCCACGGGCAAGCAGUUCAUUGUCCAGCCCCAGUCCCAGUGGGAGAGGGACAGGGAGCGGCAGCAGGCCAAGGAGGGCAGUGCCCCACCGCAGCCUGUGCCUGCUGCCACUUCCGCCGCGGCACCGCCCGCAGCACCGCCUGCCGCCGCUGCAGCUCCGGCAGCAGCACCGCAGGCACACCCGCAGCACCAACAGGUGCAGCAACCCCAGCCCAACGAGUCGCCCGAGGGGUGGACCAGGGUUGGGAAGGGCGGCAUGCCGGACAGGUUCACCAUGAGGAACCAUGGCCGCAAGCCGCCGGGCAAGGCGGUCAAGCGCAAGCCUGACCGCCAGCCCGCACCCAAGGGAGGUGGACCCCCACCCCCCUCUCCCAAGGUGGUGGACAAGAACAGGCUGAGCGCGCUGGGCGCUGGCCCUUCUGGCACCAGCGGGAGCCACGAGCGCGCACCGCCGCGCUCCCCCUCCCCCUCCUCGCCGCCUGCCAAAUCACCGCGGCCAUCUGCGCCUGCUUCCGAGUAUGACUCCGAGCUCGACCAAUACUUUUCCGACGCCGAGGCGCGGGAUAGGGUGGCAGGGGUUGUACACGACGCAGUGCAGCAGGCUGUGAUGCAAUAUGGCUAUGACGACGAGCUCUUCCAGGAUUGGAGGGACGGCAAGAUAGGCGAAAAGGACUUGCCGGAGGAGGUGAUGGCUAUGACUUUGGACCUUUGCGAGAGGUGGCGAGCGGAGCAAGAGCGGUGUAGGCGCGUCCACGCGGCGCAGCGGCUCUCCCGCGACCCCGGCCCCUCUCGUAGCCGCAGCCGUAGCCGCAGCCCCAACUCUUGCCGCUCUUCCGUGUCGGGUUGUGACGAGGGGUGA